AUGCCCCUCAACAAACCCAACCCCGCUCUGUCGAUCCUCGACCAUGCUUCGAAAAACAACUAUGCCGUCCCUGCAAUGUGCGUCUACAACGUCGAAGGCAUCCUUGCGACGGUCCGCGCAGCCAACAAGAAGCGCUCGCCCGCCAUGAUCCAGCUCUUCCCGUGGGCCCUGCACUACGCCGACGGCCUCCUCGUACAUGCCGCCGCCGAGGCCGCGAAGAGCGCUGAGGUGCCUGUCACCGUGUCCAUGGACCAUGCGCAGACACCAGAGAUCAUCCGGCGCGCCGCGGAUAUUGGUGGUUUCGACAGUAUCAUGGUUGACAUGAGCCACUACGAGAAGGAGGAAAAUCUGCGGCUAACGCGCGAACUGGUCGCGUACUGCCACGAGCGCGGGAUCGCCACCGAGGCCGAGCCUGGCCGGAUCGAAGGCGGCGAGGAUGGAGUCGCUGAUACGGCGGAGCUCGAGGGGCUGCUGACGACGCCAGAGGAGAGCGAGGAGUUUGUCGACACGGGGAUCGACUGGCUCGCGCCCGCGUUUGGCAACGUCCAUGGCGAGUAUGGCCCGCGAGGUAUCCAGCUGGAGUAUGAGCGGCUGAAGAGCAUCAAUGAGAAAGUGGGCGACCGCGUCAGACUUGUGCUGCACGGGGCGGAUCCGUUCACCGAGGAGAUCUUCCGGAAAUGUAUCGAGUGCGGCGUGUCCAAGGUCAACAUCAACAAGGUCUUGAACAAUGAGUAUGUGAAGGUACAAAGAGAGAAGGCCGGGAGGGUGCCGCUUACGCAGCUGCUGGAGGAGGCAACGGACGAGAUGCAAAAGGCCGUGGAGAAGUGUAUGGAUAUGCUGGGGAGCACGGGGAGGUACUAGUCUGAGUUCUAGGGUAGUCUGGACCAGUCUUUUUGUUCUUUUUGUAUCUUCUUUGCAUCUAAUGAAGUGUACCCUAGCCCUGAGUAUAAAUCUAGCCGAUCAGC